AUGACACCAAGGGAAAAAAGACUUCAAAGAAAAAAAUGGAACGAAAAUAAUAGGCGUUAUUUAGAGAAAAAGAAAAAGGAAAGGGUAAUACAACAGAUGCUGAUUGAUAAUUCACCUCCAACAAGUGAUAGAGAAGAAAAUGUAGAUGCUGACCAAGACCCAUUAGAAGGGCCAUCACACCAAUCAGUUGAGGUGUCUAACAUAAACUGCAAACGGUGUCAGAAAAAGGAUAAGUUAAUAAGUAGACUUCGUUAUAGUUACAAGAAAGAGAUUGGUGAACUUAAACAGGAAAAGGAAAAAGUUAUUAAAGAAAAGGAUGCAAUGAGAAAAAUGUUGAUGAGGCAAAUAAAUAAACAACGAAAAAUACAAGCAAAACCAUCGACAGGUGAGAAAGUGGAUAAUUUGAUAAAAUCAAUAGACGAAGACAAACGAGAAGUAAAGAAAAAAAUAUUAUUUGGAGAAAUUAUAUCGAACAAUUUAAGAGAUGGAUUUAAAGUUUUAAGAAAGAAAGAAAAACGAGAGUUUAGCGAUAUAGUCAUGAGUGACAAAGACCGUUUCAAGAAGCACAUGGUUUUAGAGCAAGACAUUGAAGACAGAAAAUUUCCCUCGUCAGUUCAAGGAUUUCGUGGAACUAUGUCUGUGCAUCAAGUGCUUUGGUCAUUUGAUAGGCUUCGAAUAACCUUCCGAAAACUAAGUUGCUUCUUGUGUGAAAACGGUGAUAUAUGUUCACAUAACUACCAUCUUGGAUUUAUGAACUUACCUUGUCUUUAUGAAAAUGUCGAUCCUGAACAUCAACAAGAUUUCUUAAAUGAAAACACGACGAACGAAGUUCUUCGAGAAGUGACAAAUCCUCGAACACCUUCCCCUACUAAUCAAUUCCUGAAUAGAUCAGCAGCUGAAGCAUCACAAAAUAUGAAAAAUUCAUCAAAUAGAGCCCAAAAUAAUAACAAAAUCACCAUACUAUCUGACGUAAAAGUACAUUGGACCAACACUUCCUUUAUUGGCAAUGAAAUGAAGAAAACAGAUAAUACCAAUUUUCAACUGGAUUUUCAAAAGUUUGUUUCUGGAAAAGUCGCGGUAAAAGAUCAAGAAAAAGAACAAAAUAAUCCCGAUUAUAUUACAGAAAGUGACAGUGCAAGAAAAGUACUCAAAAAGGAUAGAAAAGCGAAGAAAAAGUUUUUUUACCAUUCAGAUGAUAGUAGCAGUGGAGGAAAAAUAAGUGAAGAAGUCAGAAUUUUAAAGAAAAAAACACGUAUUACCUGACUCGAUCACACAAAAAGUGUGCCGUCUGUGCUGCACCUGAUUCCACAAGAAUUUGAAACAGAUAGGAAUGUCUUUGAUAGUGAUGGCAUUGGUAUGAGUCCAAAGAAACAAGAAAUGGAAUUGGAUGAUAGUGUUACCACUCAAGAAUUUGUUCUCACAUCAGUAGCUAAUAUAGAAACUACAGCUAAGAAACAAGAUCUACAACUAGAUGAUAGUAUUAAUACGCAGGAAUUGGUUCUCACACCAACAGUAUCUAAUACAGAAAUUACAGCUGAGAAUAUGACGACACCAAUAACAUCAAAGAUCAAUUUCUUACAUCAAAAGAAAUCUGUAAUGAAACGAAAGCUACCAUUCAAUGAUGAUAAUAAACCAAAACAAUUGGACAGAGUUUGCAAAAGAAAGAAAUCAUGUCCUUCUUAG